AUGAAAAUAAGGCAAUCCAAAACUCCAGAAGAGAACCCUUUCACUUUAUCAGGAAUUUCUGCUAAUUCAGAUAGCCAUUAUCCAAGUCCACAUUACAGAAAUUUGAAAUUUUCAAGUAAUCUUCUUGAACGUCACUACCAAAAUGUAAUAACGAGCAACGAGGCAAGCGCUGCACAACUAAUAACCGAACUCCAAUAUCGGCUUAAAAUUUUUUUAUUGAGCUAUUAUCUCCUAUUUGGAAUAUAUCUUCUUCUUUAUAUCAUCGGCUUCUCUUUAAGUGAUAGCUCUUCUCAAGUUUUCGGCUGCCAGCUUGGCCUGCUUUUAGGGCAAAUUUUGAUAAGUUCAGCAAUUUAUUUAUUAGGGUUUUACACUGUGACUAUUAAUAGCUAUCGUCCAGAGCUUCUCCAAAUAAGCUAUUUUUUGGCAGCGGUUAUGCUUAUUUUAAACAAUGGACCAGUCCAAGGGGCAAUGUUUGACGACAAUUCUAUAACUUAUAUGUCCUGCUUGCCAGGAUUACUCGUACUACUAUCCGUUUCUAAAUUCAUCCUUAUCACGAAUUUUUUGAAUUAUUUUCUAUGAAAUACCUUGAUAGCAGUGAUUUUUCUUAUUUCACAUAUUUUUGGCUACCAGCACUUAGCAACGACACUUUUCGAGGUCGGGCUAUUUUACUAUAGAGUCUUAGUGGAAACCAGGACUUUUUACACACAUGAAGCAGUCACAAGAAAAAAGUUUCAAAUGACAGUAAAUGUUACUGAAGGAUAUGACGAAGCAGGAGGCCAUGGAUUUUCUGAGCCAAAAUCAGAGCUUGAACAAAUUAUUGAGUGUUUAUUAGAAACCAUUACAAAUGCUAAACAAAUCAUUGCAGAUAUGUCAGCUAGUGAUAAUAAAAGUAAAGUAAUGAGGAUUCACGAACUUGUUAAUGGUGUCAUAGGGAAAAUAAGAACUCAAACUAACAUUUAUUCAGCAGAUAUUGAAACGAUUACUAAAGGUCUUGAUGAGGAAGAUAGAAUUUUCAUCAAGCAAACUCAAAAUGACCAAACAAAGGUGCUUCCUAUAAGGCCAAGAAAUAAAUUGAGGAUCAGAAAAACUGAUGAAAUUGCGCUUACAUAUAAGGUAUAUGAGUUUGAAGAGCUGAUUGGGAUUUUGAAACAUAUAGGGAAAAAUUGGAAUUUUGAUAUGUUUUUCUUACAAGAAUGCACUCGAGGAAAACCCCUUGUCGCGGUAGGUAAGUAUUCUAUUGGAAAAUAUCGAAUCGAUGAAAUUCUCAACAUAAAAGAGAUGAUAUAUGUCAAUUAUUUCCAAGAUAUGGAGCAAAGGUAUAAAACAGAUAAUCCAUAUCACAAUUCCACUCAUGCAGCUGACGUGCUUUCAUCAUUUUUAUUUUUCAUUAAUCAAUCAGUUUUAUUAGAGCUCUUUUCUGAAUAUGACAUGCUCGCUGUAAUCAUUGCUGCUUUAGGGCAUGAUGUAGGCCAUCCAGGCUUAACAAAUCGAUUUUUAAUAGUCAAUAAAGACGACCUUGCAAAUACAUGUAAAUUUUAUUUAGAUAAUGAUUAUUCCGUUCUUGAAAUGAUGCAUUGCUCAUCAACUUUUUAUUUGAUGAAAGGACAGGACUCAAAUAUUUUAGGAUUUAUUGAUGCUGAGCAUUACACAAGUGUUAGGAAGUUGAUUGUUGAAAUGAUUUUGGCAACAGACAUGAGUAAGCAUUGGGAUUUGUUAGCUCAGUUUAAAGCAAAGGCUUUAAAACCUCCCCAACAGUUUGAAACUGUAGACCAGAGGAUUGAUAUUCUGAAAAUGAGCAUUAAAGCUGCAGAUGUUGGCCAUGCCGCUAAAAGUAUCGACCUUCAUCAAAAAUGAAGCAAACUUGUGAUUGAAGAGUUUUAUAGGCAGGGAGAUAUGGAAAAAAAACUGAAUCAGCAAGUUUCUAUGUAUUGUGAUAGAGAAAAAACAGACACUGCCAAGUCCCAGGCAGGGUUUAUAAGAGUGAUUGUUUUGCCAUUGUAUGAAGCUCUGUCAAAUUAUUUGGGCUCACCUCGAGUUGAUGAAAACUGCUUACUCUUCCGUUAUUAGUUGCAAAAAAUUGUUUAAAUAUGAAUUUUUUGGGUAAAUAUUUAGAUAUUAUUAUAAUAAGAUAGCUAGCAAACUAUAUUAAUUUUAAACACAUUACAUCCUGAUUAUCCUUUUAAAUAUAAAUAAAUCUGAAAAUUUUUUAUAUAAUUGUUUAUUUUUCUAUAAAGGAGAGCCUCUUAAGGGGAGGAAGUAAUUUAACGUAAUUCCUUAAUUCCUAAAAUAACUUUUUAAAGCCUAAAAUGUUUUAUAUAGCUUUUGCGAAAAAUUAAAAUUAACCAUUUUUCAUUAGCAAGCAAAUAAUCUUGCUCAAUUAAAUGGUGGGAUUUAGAUCAAUUAAAAUCCAACUUAUCAUCCUGAGAAUAUGAAAUGAACCGAAAUAAAAUUAAAACUCUCAAUUAUAACACAGAAGAUAACAGCAAAAACGUGAUAGCCCAGAAAGAGGUACCGAUAAGGAGAUCUGGCACGCAAAGAGUGCUUGAUCCAACUAAAAAAAAAAUUUGGCCAGUGUAG